AUGCUCCCCCGCGAGGGGUUCAAAGGCGAUGCUUUGAUCUCCCUGAUCAAGAACACAGCCUUCAACCCCAAGAUCCUGCUGCCACUGUUCCUGCUGGCAAAAUACACCAAGCAAGGCCAGGAUCUCACCAGUCUUGCACCCGAACCAGGCAUUUGCCAGAGUCAGAAAGCUGCUCAUCUUGAGCCUGCUAGGUUGGGGAAACAGCUGGUUGACGAGAAAGGUGAACAACAGCUGGAAAUCGUCGUCGUAACCGGCGGCUCCGGCGGCAUAGGCGGCCUAAUCGUCCAACUCCUGGCCGAACGCUCCAUCAAAACCGUCGUCCUCGACAUCCAACCCCUCACCUUCCACCCCGGCCCCACGGUAACCUACUUCAAAUGCGACCUCACCUCCCCCUCCUCCAUCGCCCACGUCGCCUCCCUCAUCCGCGCCCAGGUCGGCAACCCCACCGUCCUCAUCAACAACGCCGGCGUCGUCCAAAACAAGUCCAUCCUCGCCUCCACCCCGCGUGACGUGCAAUUCACCUUUGACGUGAACCACUUCUCCCACUACUCCACCGUCCGCGAGUUUUUGCCUUACAUGAUCGAGAAGAACCACGGGAUGGUGGUGACGGUGGCGAGUUUUGCUGCUUGGGUGAGCGUGCCGAAUAUGGUUGACUAUGCAGCCUCAAAAGCGGCGGCGCAGAGCUUCCAUGAGGGGUUGACGGCUGAGAUUAAGACUACUUACGGGGCGGAGAGGGUUAGGACUGUGGUUGUUAAUCAGGGGUAUACCAAGACUGCGCUGUUUGAGGGGUAUCAUAAUGAUAGUCCGUUUUUGCUGCCGGCGCUGGAGCCGGGGAGUGUGGCUGAGGCGGUUGUGAGGCAGGUGCUCAAGGGGGAGAGCGGUCAGGUUAUUUUGCCAAAGAUGGGGAAUAUGCUGCCUUUUCUGGGGGGCUUGCCGGGGUGGUAUGCGGGUCGGUUGAGGGUGAAGGGGGUGGGGAUUAUGAAGCAGUUUAGGGGGAGGAAGGUGGUGGAGGAUGUGGAGAAGUUUUAUGAGGAGAAAGAGAAGAAGGAGGAGAAGGGGGUUGGUGAGAGUACGGUGCUUGUUGAGUAA